AUGAAUUCUGCCUUUGGCUCGAAGCGGAAAGCUCGCAAAAUUCAAGUGGACGAAGAUGAUGAGGAUGGCGCAAAGAAUGUCCAAGUCGUGGAGCCUGUGAACACUCGUAAGUACUCAGAAGCUAUGGCAGCUACGAGCCCUGCUGAUUUGGAGAAGCCAGCUGACCCCAUAACUUUAGCUAGUACAGGAGGGCUAAGCUCGUCGGUCCCAGGCCGAAAGACAUUCAAGAAAAGCUCUUUACGACAGAGUGUUGCGUUUGACGAUCAGUCGCAGGAUGGAGACGAGAAUGAUGGACUGCAGGUUGUGAACAAGUCUACUAUAGGCCGAUCAAAUUCGUUGAUGAAAAAGAAGAAGCCAGGUGCUUCGAGACUCUCGUUUGGACCAGGUGAAAUCAUAUCUGGAGAUGCAGCAGAAGCAUUGGAGGACGACGAAGAGUUCACCCUCAAGAAAGCGGCGAUGGGACGACGGGUGAUUGAAGGAAAUGCUCUGAAGAGGACUUUGCCCUAUCAAGGGCUGCCAAUGCGCUCGAACGAGGAUGACGAAGAACGACCGACUUACAGCAAGGAUUAUUUGAAUGAACUCAAGAGCUCGACGCCAACUACCCCCAAAGAUCUGACCGCUUCCCACACUACGGCUGAAGACGAGCAUGGCUUGGAUGCUUCGGAAUUGGAAGGUGCUAUGGUUGUAGAUCUGGAUGAAAAUAUGGGUAUCGACAACGCGCCAGCUUCCAUACCCAGCGAGGCCGAGAUCAGAGAGAAGAAGGAACGCCGAGCCCGUCUUGCUCAUGAGCAGGACUUUAUUUCUUUCAACGAUGACAGUGGUCGCGAUAGGCAACAGGUAUCUCUCUUGCCUCAGAAGAAGAAACAGGAAAGUAGAUUAGUGAGAGAAGAUGAGGAUCUGGGGGAAGGUUUCGACGAGUUUGUCGAUGACGGACGAAUCUCACUGGGCAAGAAACAGGAGCGAGAAGCGAAGAAACGCCAAAGAAAGGAAAUGGCCGAUAUGAUUCACCAGGCGGAGGGGAGUUCAGAUGAUGAUUCAGAUGAUUCGGAAGCUGAGAGACGAGCCGCUUACGAGACUGCUCAGACACGCGCUGGUAUGGAUUGCCUUCAUAAGCAUGAUGGAUCGGUGGAAGUCAGUGCGACGCAAAUGCCAACGAAGAUCACGCCUUUACCGGCUUUGUCCGAGUGUCUUGAGAGACUGCAGUCGACACUCAGUUCAAUGGAGCAAGAGUUAGCGAAGAGGCAAAAACAGAUGGAGACGUCCAGGCAAGAGAAGAACGAGAUUGCCGCGAGGGAAAUUGAGGUCCAGGACUUAUUGAAGCAAGCUGGGGCACGAUACGCUGCAUUGAAAGCCGAUACCAACGGCGCUGUGGCCGAUCCUCAAAGCAUAGGUGGCACCCGGAAUGACUUCGCCAUUCCCAUGAUUGUCGAUAGAGGGCUAGAAAGUUUUGGGAAUACGCCUACAAUAAGUCCAGCGGUGGAGGACAUAGAUUAG